GUGUGCGUGUGACGUAGGACGUGUCCAAGGUGAUGUGAGGAAGUUUGGAUUAGGCAACUAACUCUUACACGAACUUUAACAACUCGGAAUGUGAUUUUUCCGAAAAAUAGACUUUAGUCACAGAUUAAUAGUACCUCAGACUAAGAGACAGAAAAUGACCCUGUUUCGGAGGUUAGCGGUGGGAGUUUGCUCGCUUGGUCGAUGUAAACUAAACGGGGUUUUCUUAGCACGUCAGUGCGAGCUACCUGCUAAAAACAUCAGUGUAUUUAAUAGAAAUAAAUGCUUUAUUCGAGGGUUUUGCGCUGCACCGACCCAAGACGCUGUGGAAGUGGAUAUAAAUCGCCUGGAAGGUGAAGACCAUGGCAUCGUGGAGGUUCUGAUGCGUCGGGAACGGGCGCGGAACUCUCUGGGUCAUGUGUUUGUGGCUCAGAUGCGAGAGCUGGUGUCAGGUUUGCGUCAUGACACGGGUGUGCGUGUGGUGAUUUUUAGGAGUCUGGUACCUGGAGUCUUUUGUGCAGGGGCUGAUCUGAAGGAGAGAGCACAGAUGAGCAACUCUGAGGCUGAGCACUUUGUUCAUGGACUCCGAUCAUUAAUGAAUGAGAUAGCGGCAUUGCCCAUGCCAACCAUCGCUGCACUGGAUGGCUUCGCUCUAGGGGGCGGGCUAGAGCUGGCGCUGGCGUGUGACCUCCGUACAGCAGCACACACUGCUCAGAUGGGCCUGAUUGAGACCACACGGGGACUGCUACCAGGGGCGGGGGGCAGUCAGCGUUUGCCACGGGCAGUGGGAUUUGCUGUGGCAAAGGAGCUGAUCUUUACUGGGCGGCGUGUAGGGGGAGAGCAGGCUCUACAUCUGGGACUAGUGAAUCAUGCUGUCCCACAAAACAAGAGUGGAGAUGCAGCGUAUAGAGAGGCUCUGAACCUGGCUCAGGAAAUUCUCCCUCAGGCUCCGUUCGCAGUGCGGAUGGCCAAGGACGCCAUGAACCGAGGAAUAGAGGUGGACAUCGCUUCAGGAAUGGCCAUCGAGGGGAUGUGCUACGCCCGGGUUAUUCCAACACAAGACAGGCAAGAGGGAAUGGCAGCUUUUAUAGAGAAAAGGCAACCCAAAUACACUGGAGAAUAAACACACACAGGUCACUUUAAUGAGUACUGUGAUUGCAGUCUUACUGGAUCAUCACUGGACUACUUUGCAAUAUCAAAACAUUUAGCACAUACUGAGUUAUAGAUCAGACGCAUUUCUAGCCAUCUGUAUUCAUACUGUUUAUGUUCCUUCAGAUUAAUAAACAUUUAUUACCAACAGGAAAGAUCCUACACAGA